AUGGUUUGUUUAUUUAAUUGUUUUAACGUUCACUUCCACAUUUUCUUAAUCUUCAGGCAGGAUGCAGGUGACGACAUAAUAUCGCAGAAGUCUUUAGACGUGGUGAAAGUACUCAUACAUUUUUUGAAAGAGCAUGCUAGAGUGGAAGGGCUGUUUCGACGAGCAGGACGUUGUGAGGUCCGGCGGCAGAUUCUAAAUUCUCUGAAGAAAGGCCAUAAACCGCAUUUUGAAGAUUCGAAUAACGUAGCUCUGGAAUGCGCGGCGGCUUUACAAAUUUUUCUCAGCCGCUUAAAAAAACCGAUUAUGCCACAACAUGUACAAGAAUUGAUCCUUGCUGACAAUCCAGGCGUGGAAGAUCAAGUUAUCGCACAAGAUGCUUUAGGAUUGAUUAGACAGGAUGUCGGUGGUCGCCAUAGCGAACUCCUGACCCAUGUCUUGGAUCUUUUAAGACACUUAACUCUCUCAGGACCUCCAUCCGAAUGUUCCGAAUUGCGUGGAUCUCCAUUACCUGUCGCGCUUUUACCAGUGUUUUUUAAUUUAUCCCCUGGUGACUUGAUAAGAUGGAAACAAGUGGCAGCCAGAUUCAGCGAAUUAAUUACGGAAGCCGCCGCGCAACUUCGUCGUGAUGAACAGCAUAGCAUUAAUAUAGAAACCAUAAAUUCCACAACAAGUUACUCUAAUACAACUUCGACCUCGCAAGGAGAGUCUGAAGAAUUAACGAGAUGGCAAGAAUUUUCACUAUUGUAUCCUAUUGUGCGGCUUAGAGAUCAUUGUAAUAUUUGUCAUGUUGGCGAAAUGGCACGCGUUCUUAUUACGCCGUUACAACGUCCGGUCGUUGGCAGGUUGCAUCCGGCAAUUGCUAAUCCUAAUUAAAAAUUUGAUAAACAAACGCGCGAAUUUUUACAAAUUACUGUACUUAUAUCGUUGCAAUUUUGUCUAUGUGAAAUUGACUGAAUAACUCAAUUGUACUUUAAUUUAAAAUAUUACGU